UUGAUUGUGCCGGCUUUUUAUACAAAAAGCGUUAAAAGUUCAAUGAAUUUUAAUUAAAGUAAUUUAGUUAGUGAGAAAAAUGAGUUAAUAUCUUCAAAUUUUAUAAGCUGAAAGUGAACCUUAAAGUGUUAGCCUCUAACAGUUUUGUUCAAGUUAAAUGACUGCUUUCGAAGAACUUGGUGUGCUGCCGGAACUGGGCCGGGUACUGGACGAGCUGGGAUGGAAGCUUCCCAGAGCUAUCCAGCAUGAAGCCAUCCCGCUAAUUUUGGGCGGCGGAGAUGUGCUGAUGGCAGCCGAGACCCGCAGUGGCAAAACGGGUGCGCUUUGUCUGUCCAUCGUCCAGCUGGUGUGGGAAGCACUCAAAGGUAUCCAGGAGGGGGACAUAAGAAUCGGACUCGGUGCCAGAUCGUGGACUUUAUCGAACACCGAUCGUGGUAAAGGGUUGGCGGUGUCUGCAGACGGAUUGACUUGUCAGGCGCGGGAGCUGAAGAAGUGGCAUGGAUGUCGGGUAACGACGGGCGUUUGGGGCGACGGCAAGUAUUAUUACGAGGCCACAGUUGUAGACGAAGGAUUGUGUCGGGUUGGCUGGAGUACGGAGAAAGCUAGCUUGGAACUGGGUACGGACGAAUUUGGGUAUGGUUACGGCGGAAUGGGACAAAAGUCCCAUCGAAAGCAGUUUCGAACCUACGGCGGAAAGUAUGGCCAAUCGGACGUGAUUGGAUGCCUGCUGGAUUUAGACAGCUCGCAGAUAAGCUUCACGAAAAAUGGCAAGAAUUUGGGCGUAGCGUUCGAGAUCAACGAAACGGACAAAGGACACACGAACUUCUAUCCAGCGGUUUUUGUGAAAAAUGCCGAAAUGGCGUUCAACUUUGGCGAAACGGAAUUCAAAUUUCCCGUUCCGGAAGGAUAUGUUCCGGUGUUCGAUGCACCUCCUGGUAAGGUGACCUUAAAUCCUAACACCGUAUGCGAAAGCACUUUUCAGUUACCAAAGCCCCCUAACAAUGCCCCACAGGCGGUGAUUGUGGCACCCACGCGGGAAUCGGCUGAACAAAUGUUCAACCAGAUCCAAAUGUUCCAGAAGUAUUUGAAGGAUCCGGAAGUUCGUGCUCUGCUUCUGAUCGGAGGAGUCGAUCUGGACGAACAACUGAAAGUAUUGCAGCGAGGAGUCGAUAUCGUCGUUGCCACCGUCGGUCGACUAGACGAUUUGAUUGCCAAUGGAACCAUAAUGCUGAGCAGUUGCAGAGUUUUCGUUCUAGACGAUGUGGACGCCUUGCUGCGAUGUGGUUAUAUGGAAGUCAUCGAGCGGAUGCACAAGAAAAUUCCAAAAAUUACCACCGAUAGCCAACGGCUUCAGAUGGUGAUCUGUAGUGGUACCCUGGACUCCGAGGAAGUUCGUAAGCUUCCGGAACGAUUGAUGCAUUUUCCCACCUGGGUCGAUUUGAAGGAAGCAGAUGUAGUCCCGGAAACGGUACAUCACGUGGUCUACAUGAUCGAUCCGUACAAAGAUCAAAGCUGGCACCACUGGUUGCCAACGACCAUCCAAACCGACAAAGUUCAUGCGCUGGACGACGUUGGACCCGGGACCAAUACUCCCGAAGCCCUGUCCGAGGCAGUCAAACGGCUUAAAGGCGAAUACGCGCUAAACGCCAUCAAGCUGUACGAAAUAGACCGGGCCAUAAUCUACUGCCGUACCAAGCUGGACUGUGAUAACAUGGAGCGGUUUCUGAGGCAAGCGCUUGGGACCAAGUAUUCGUUUGCCUGUCUGCAUCGGGAUCGGAAUUCGCGGGAGCGCAAGGUGAACGUGGCCAAGUUCAGGAAUGAGCAGCUCGAUUUCCUGAUCAGCACGGAUGUGGCGACGCGUGGAAUCGAUGUGUCAGGUCUCCCUUUCAUCAUCAACGUUACUCUACCGGACGAGAAAAGCAACUACGUGCACCGCAUCGGUCGCGUUGGUCGUGCCGAACGUAUGGGUUUGGCAAUCUCGCUGGUAUCGACCGUACCGGAGAAAGUCUGGUACCAUGGGCAGUGGUGUGCCUCGCGGGGCAAGAACUGCUGGAACACCAACCUCACCGACGUGAAGGGGUGCUGUAUGUGGUACGACGAGAAAAUGUACCUAGCGGAAAUCGAAGACCACCUGAACGUGACCAUCCAGCAAAUCGACAAAAACCUGAAGGUUCCGAUGAACGACUUCGACGGUAAGGUGGUUUACGGUGAGAAACGAUUGAACACCGGCACCGGGUACAAGGAUCACGUGGAACAGCUGACGCCGGUAGUGAAGGAGCUGGCCAAGCUGGAACGCGAAGCGCAAAAUCUUUUCCUCAAGCGGAUGAUGGUACAGUAAGGGUGAUUAAGGUAAGGUAAUCUUUCUAUGCUAUCUGCUAUUUCUGAUUUAUCAUAAUAUAUGACAAGUAACAUAAUCUAA